CUGAAGUUGGUUUCUCUUUACUGCUUUCCCUUGAUUUUGAGUCACAUUUUCCUGUUUCUUUACAUGUGUAGUAAUUUUGGAUUGCAUCCUGGAUAUUGUGGAUGGCACAUUGUAGACCCUAAGGAUUCUAUUACCUCCCUCUGAAGAAUGCUGAUUUUUAUUCUAGCAGGCAGUUCAAUUACUGACUGAUCAACUUGUGUUGGCUUGGUUUUAGGGCAGAUCUUUGGAAAGCCCAAGGUGUUUCCCAAAUUCCUUUUUUUUUUGGCCAUGCUGUGUGGCUUGCGGGAUCUUAGCUCCCGGAUCAGGGGUUGAACCUGGGCCCUUGGCAGUGAAAGCAUGGAGUCCUAACCACUGGACUGCCAGGGAAUUCCCCAAAUUCUUCUAACUGGAUCAGAAUAGAGCAGUAGACUGGACCUCUUCUGUGGAUCUUGUUGAAGCUUGGCUUUAAGUUUUUUAGGGCAGGUUUAGAGUAGGUCUUUCUCUAGAGCAUGGUCCUUACUCCUAACAUGUGGCCUUUCUGGUAUCUCAGGAUGCCUUGAGUGUUAAUAAGGUCUCUCUCCUCUCAGGGUCAGAAACGCAAAUGUCUCUCAUCACUGACUGGCCUUUUGUAUCCCUCUUUUGCUCCUUUAACCUGGUAGCAACUGCUCUCUGUUGAACCUUGCAUAGUUUCACCCUACUGAGUGCAGCCCAGCCCUUGGCCAGAACUCACAGGGGGCCCCCCCGCACAGACUUCCGCCUCCACCCCAUAGCUCCCUCCUCCCUGCUGCCGUGUUCUUCCGAUCCCAGCCACUUCGGUAGCUCCAAAUGCUGAUCUCUGCCUCCUCAGUUUAGUGAGACCUCUGGUCUCUGCUUAAGCUCCAGCCUUCUGCACUGGGAUUAGGAAAUCCUCCCCCGGCAGACAGCUGGGAUGAUCGUGGCCCUCCUCACAAGCUUUUCUUCUCUCAGGGAUUCCAUUCUCGCCUUUCCGGUUGGCCAGUGCUUGAAAACAGUGGCCUCUUAGGUUUUCUCCAGUUUUGUCAUUGUUUACAGUAGGUGGGCUGCCAUGACCGGAAAUAGAAUUCCUGAAUUAUUGAGAACAUAUGUUGCUGUAGCACUCUGGGUGCUGCGUGAAUAUAUGAAUGAAAUAUAUGGGUCUCUGCGUAAACAAAAAGUACAGUUAGUGAGGUCCACAUGAGAAACAUAAUAUUAGAUCGAUCCUUUUUACCUUACUCCUUCCUUUUUUGUACCCUUGAAAAAAAAUGCUUUCUUUUUUUGUUUGUUUUAUUUUUAAAUGAUGUUGUGAUAUAGGGUGGCUUGUUUGGGUGAAGUGGUGGGGGUGAAGACGUUGCUCUUACACCUCAAGGAAAAAGCAGCCAUCAAAAGCUACAGUGUUGUACUGAUCUCUGAUUACGCCAGACACCCAAGUGAUUGAUUGUUGUGGUUCAUUUUAUGGAGAAAUGAUGACCUCUAGCUCCUUCAUAAUAUUUAAAGAUAGACCCAAUAAUCUAAUAUUAGGAUUACAUGCAAGAAAGCUAGCUAGAAAUAGUGCAUGCUCGUUUAAAAAUAUCUUAAUAUUAACUUUGCCAUUUAAUAGUUCUCUUUUCACUGUCUUAGUUGCUGCCUUCUGAAUUUUGAUACCACUCGCCAUAAAAGAGUGAUUACUUGCCUCAAGUCUGUAGGAAUGUUGUUGAGGUAGUCAGUAUUUAUUCUAAACCUUCUUUCAGUCCAGUGUUGAAAAUUUCAGUGUGACAGGUUUUUCAUAAAUUCCCAGUUUUCAACAUGGCAUUCAAAAGAGGUCACUUAGAAAUUUCACUGCACCUUUUGGGGAAGAGUUCUCUUCAACCUCAUAUUUAUUUUGGAAGCAUCUGAUCAUUUCAGCCUUAGCCUUCAUUCCUAGGGCUUCAAGGUCUUUGUUCAGCUUUAUUUUUUGGUCUGCAGACACAUGGAUGCAGACAUUGGAGUGUUUUGCAGAAGAGCUGUUUACUUGGAAACCCACAGUGAGAACGCUUAAUGUGGUGCGUUUCAUUUUUCUACUUGGUCUGGCCUUUUGAAGACCAAGAGAGAACGUUGUAAAAAUGGUCAGGGUGAUGAUGACAGUCUAGAUAUGGUAGUAAUGGUUUGCUCUGUGGCUUCAAGUUUACCAUCUUUCAAAAUAGAUUAGUGUGUCCAUUGAUUUCAGAAGAUGCACGGCUGCCUCCGAGGCUUCUCAGGCAGGGCGUGUGAAUUUGUCCUUUCUGAAAGUGCGUCCCUCUCAUCCGCAUAGCAUCACUGUCACUCCCCCUCCAGUGUCCCUGUGAGAGGCUCUGUGAAGACCUGGUUCUCCCAGGGACAACUCCAUCCCAGAAGCACAUCACCUAAAAGGACUUGCCAAGCCAGACGAUGCCCGUGGAGCUGGGGCAGGCUCCAGUCCUGCCGCCGCCACUGGCCAAGCCCAAGGAGUCCGCGUUCUCUGGACCAGAUGACACCCCUCGAGGGGAGCCCUCCAGCUCUGAGAUUGCACGCCAGCUUUUCAGGCAGUUUCCUUACCAGGUGAUGUCCGGGCCCCACGAAACCCUGAGACAACUUCGGAAGCUCUGUUCCCAGUGGCUGCAGCCAGAGGUUCACACAAAGGAGCAGAUCCUAGAGAUCCUGACUUUGGAGCAGUUCCUGACCAUCCUGCCCGGGGAGAUCCAGAUGUGGGUGCGGAAGCAGUGUCCAGGCAGCGGGGAGGAAGCAGUGACCCUUGUGGAGAGCUUGAGGGGGGACCCCCAGAAGCUGUGGCAGUGGAUCAGCAUCCAAGUUCUGGGACAGGAAGUCUUAUCACAGAAGGCGGAGCCUGAAAGCUGCCCACUGGGGGAAGCGGAGGCCCAUGUUGAAGUGCCUCAGGAGCUGGGGCUUCAGAACUCAGCCUGCCGGUCUGGGGAGCCACUGAGCCACAUCGUGAAAGAGGAGUCCGACUCGGAACAAGGACUAGCCCUGGCUGCCUCCCCACUUCCUGCCCGACCCGAGGAAAGGCUCAUCAGAGACCAAGACUUUGGAGCCUCCCUUCUCCACACAGCACCUCAGUGGAGGCACCUGGAUUCCACUCAGAAGGAGCAAUACUGGGAUCUCAUGCUGGAGACUUAUGGGAAGAUGGUCUCAGGAGGCAUUUCCAAUCCCAAGCAUGACCUGACUGAUCCAGCCGGGUUUGGGGCAGAGCUGACAGGACCACACCUACACAUCAGUGAGAAGAUCCCAAGAUCCACCUGCAUAGGGGACAGACAGGAGAAUGACAAAGAGAACUUAAACUUGGAGAACUACAGGGACCAGGACCCUCAAGCCUCAGGAGAGCCUCCUCAGACUUCCUUGAGUGGCCUCUUCAGCAAGGAUGAGCCGAGAUGCUUUGGAGAAGGAGAGAAUCUCCCCGAGGCCCAGGAGAACCUUCAUGGUGAGGGGACAGGGGCGCAGCUCUCUCCCCGAGAGAGGAAUUCCGGGACACAGCUGGGUCAGCAUCUGCCACCUCUUCCCGGAGAGCCGUCCAUGCCAUGGCUGGAGGGGAAGAGAGAGGCCUCCCCACGACGGCAGCCGAGAGCCCCCAUGGCCCAGAGACUCCCUACCUGCAGGGAGUGUGGGAAAGCCUUCUACCGGAAUUCCCAGCUGGAUUUUCACCAAAGAACUCACACUGGAGAGACGUACUUUCAGUGCCCCACCUGCAAAAAAGCCUUUCUGCGGAGUUCAAACUUCGUGAAGCAUCAGCGAAUCCACACAGGCGAGAAGCCCUGCAAGUGUGAUACGUGUGGGAAGGGCUUUAGCGACUUCUCGGGGCUGCGCCACCACGAGAAAAUCCACACGGGGGAGAAGCCCUAUAAGUGCCCCAUCUGUGAGAAGAGUUUUAUUCAGAGAUCCAACUUUAAUAGGCAUCAGAGGGUUCACACAGGAGAGAAACCAUAUAAGUGCUCCCGCUGUGGGAAAAGUUUCAGCUGGAGCUCAAGCCUUGCCAAACAUCAAAGAUCCCAUUUGGGAAAGAAGCCCUUUCAAUAGCCAAGCUCUGUGAGCCCAUGUCUGUCUCCUGGUCCAUUUAAAAAUACUUGGCGGGCUUCCCUGGUUGCGCAGUGUUAACAAUCCGCCUGCCAAUGCAGAGGACACGGGUUCAAGCCCUGGUCUGGGAAGAUUCCACAUGCCGCGGAGCAACUAAGCCCGUGCACCACAACUACUGAGCCUGCAUUCUAGAGCCCGCGUGCCACAACUACUGAAGCCUGUGCACCUAGAGCCCAUGCUCCGCAACAAGAGAAGCCACCGCAAUGAGAAGCUCGUGCACCACAAUGCAGAGUAGCCCCCGCUCGCCACAACUAGAGAAAGCAUGCGUGCAGCAACAAAGACCCAACGUGGCCAAAAAUAAAUAAAUUUAUUUAAAAAAAUAAAAAACAAACUUGGCUCCAUCCGUAGAAAUUGCAUCUCUUAGAAAAUAUCCCUGUUGUCUCAUUUUUUCAUGGAUUGGAGAGGAGAGACUGGGACAUGGUUUUAGACGCGGAGGAUAUCUUGGCCUCGGGAUCGGAUUUCACGCAGGUUGACUUUCUUGCUUCUGCAUCAGGAGGAAGAAAAGUCUUCACCUUUCAGCUCAUCUCUUCUCUUGGACCCCUUGGGGAAAAUGUGUCACUUGGAGGUCCCAUUUUAGGAGUGGUCUCUGGGAAGGGUUUAACUGGAUUAGCCGCAGCUGCUGCUGGGAAGAACCUCACAUCCGCCCUUUAGAACUGUGGUCCGAGAGCAGGUCUUCUGUUCCAGAGGGGGGAGCGUAGAGGCCAGUUAGCUCAGUGUGGUCUUUGUCAUAAAGGUGCAAAGCUAACUCCAAGCUUCCCUUGUUUUCAAUAAACUUGGUGGUCACUC